CAGCUGAUCCUCCUGGACUGGGCGAGGAAGAGAAUUAGCAGCAGGAAAACAUUGUUGCUGGCUAGUUAAACCAUGGCUGCGGAGAUCCAUUCGAGGCCUCAGAGCGCCAGACCAGUUCUUCUGAACAAAAUCGAGGGACACGCAGACGCUGUCACGGUUGCCGUUUUAAUCCCCAAGGAGGAUGGAGUGAUCACUGUCAGCGAAGACAGAACCAUUCGUGUUUGGCUAAAGAGAGACAGUGGUCAGUACUGGCCAAGUAUAUAUCACACAGUCUCCUCUCCCUGCUCAUGUAUGUCAUAUCACCAUGACAGCAGACGCAUCUUCAUUGGGCAGGACAAUGGAGCGGUUGUGGAGUUUCUCAUCUCUGAAGAUUUCAACAAGAUGAACCAUGUAAAAACAUAUCCAGCUCAUCAGAACCGCGUUUCAGACAUGGUGUUUACCCUGGAAAGCGAGUGGGUAGUGAGCACUGGCCAUGACAAGAGUGUUAGCUGGAUGUGCACCCAGAGUGGAAGCAUGCUGGGCAGACACUAUUUUACUUCCUGGGCUUCCUGUCUACAAUAUGAUCAUGAGACUCAACAUGCCUUUGUUGGCGAUUACUCAGGGCAGAUUACACUGUUGAAGCUGGAGAAGCAGACAUACUCCGUUAUCACUACACUGAAGGGCCAUGAAGGCAGUGUAGCAGCCUUGUGGUGGGACCCCAACCAGAGACUGCUGUUCUCAGGUGCCUCUGACCACAGUGUCAUCAUGUGGGACGUAGGAGGACGCAAAGGACGAACCUUAUUGUUGCAGGGACACCAUGAGCGUGUCCAGGCACUACGCUAUCUCCAGUUUACCAGGCAGUUGGUGUCAUGCUCAGCUGAUGGCGGCAUCGCAGUGUGGAACAUGGAUACAACCAGAGAAGAGGCACCUCAGUGGUUGGAAAGUGACUCAUGCCAGAAGUGUGAGCAGCCUUUCUUCUGGAAUGUCAAGCAGAUGUGGGACACUAAAACCUUGGGGCUCAGACAGCACCAUUGCAGGAAGUGCGGCAAAGCUGUGUGUGGUCGCUGCAGUUCUAAACGCUCCACGUUCCCAAUUAUGGGCUUUGAAUUUCCAGUGCGGGUGUGUGACACCUGUUUUGACUCUAUCAAGGAAGAAGAUCGAACACCAUUGGCCACAUUCCAUGAGGGGAAACACAACAUAGCCCACAUGGACAUGGACCCAUCCAGAGGCCUGAUGGUCACCUGUGGAAAUGACCGCAUUGUCAAGAUCUGGGAUAUGACGCAGGUGGUUGGCUGUAGCUUAGCAACAGGCUUCUCCACACGCUGAUUGGUCCAGUCCACUCCUCUGGUGUCAUGGAAACCCCUCUGUACAGUGCAUCAUCGCCAUCAUGCCUGAACCCUGCAGCUUCUGGGGGAUGUGCACGUGUGCGUGUGUGAGUGAAUGUCAGUAGCAUAGGUCUACGUGUCCCUUUUUUUUUUUUUUUUUUUUUUGCUUGAUCCUUUGAAAUGAUCUGUGUCACUACUUUAUUUAGUUCAACAUGUAUAUGAAUGUAUGUGACCCCACACAGAGCACUAAGCACAAUUGUGUGUGUAUGUAAACGUGUGCAUGCGCCCUAAUGGGAAGAGUGUUAUUAGUGUUUACGUUUAAGAUUUCUGUUCCUUUUGACAAAUGUUGACAAUGGUCAGUUGUUGUUUUUUUAUCCUUGUACUGUAAUCUUAGGAUUCACAAAUUCCUGACCUGCCACACACAUGCUUCCGCUGCAUAUUUUUUUGCAGUCCACUAACUGUGUCAUACUCAGUAACAUGUAUAACCACUACAUCUGUACGAAUCCUGCUUCAUGUUUAAAAUGUAAACAAUUGAUUGGAAUUACUUUCUGACCCCAGUUAUCAGUACCCCCCAAGCUUUUGUUCUGUCUUUUUCACCAGAAGGCCUUAAAUCACUCUCAGGAGGUUUUACAUCAGUGAGUUGUCACUGGGUGGGGGCGCUUCAUUUCACAUGUUUCCAUGACCACUUUGUGCAAUUCAGCCACAAAUCAUUUAUUGUGUUUACUUGUGUACGUUUUCAAAUUGUGUACACCAUGAUGCAGCUGCUGUGAUGCUGACACGCCCUACCUUGCGUUGAUUCAAAGUGAGGCAAGCAAAACUAGCGUUGCUAUAGCAGCAGAUCAUCUUUGCAAAGUCUAACACUGAUUAGUAGUGGCGUCAACAAUGCUGUUGCCAAGAUGGAGCAAUAGACUGUUAAACUCAAGUGUUGAGUAGACAAAUUGCACUGUUUGUAAAUUGAUUUACCACAUGGUGUGACACUGAUGGCCAAAACUCAAAUCACUUCUGAGACUUGCUAAUAAGAUAAAUUCAUUGAGCUCAAUCGGAUUUUCACCACAAAGGCAAUUAGUUAAUUGACACAAAAAUUUGUGGAGCACAAAAUGCUGCACUUAACUUAGUUCCCGGCUGUAUUAGGCCUUUCAAUUUUCCUUCAAAUGAUUUAAAGACUAGAAUCCUGAAACAUGUUCAAAGCCUUUUACAGUUCAGUACCUGUGAUUGUCCCCAUGCACUCUCGUAAUGAACUUCUGGAUGUCUCUUCUUUUGGUUUCUUUGUUUUUCUUGUUUAUCCCUCCUUACUCCAAACACAUAUUAACAAGGAUUCCACUUGGGAGGAAACUCAUACCUACACAGAGUGAAAGAAUAGUUGGGUUCGUAGCGAUCCUAUAAAUGGCGGCUGAUUUAUGCUUAUGUUGGAUACCUGCCUUAUUUGGUUCUGAAAAAGUGAACACCAUAUAUUCCUGAUCACAUUCCAAUUUCUGACGUGUGUGAUUAUAUUUGUAGUAAAGUAUUUAUUAUCUGUGUAAAAUGUUUGUUUUUUUCCUUAUUAUAUGAUUACAAACUUUAUAACGGUAUAUGGUAUAUUCAACCAUGCUAGCAUAAAGUCAGAAGCUUAGCUUGGUGGAAAACACUCCGCCUUUCACUCUACAAAAUGCUAAGAUAAAGGAAUGAAAUGAAAACUUAGUCAUGUAUUAGUUGUUGGGAUAAAAAAUACCGGACAUUGAAGAUUCAAAGACUUACCACUGUAAACACGGGAAAAAUGGUACUAAAUGAAAUUUACUGUAUUCAAUGCAUUAUACCACUUUCUGGAUUUGUAUUUAUUGAUUAAUUUUGAUUACCACUUUUUGUUAUUAGAUGUUGACUGUCCUUUCUUUAAGCUUUCAGAAUCUAUUUUCAACAGGAGACAUAUGCACUCUGAAAACUAUCGGUGAAAUCUAUACUCAAUUUUGGGGAGCUUUCUGUUAUAUUAGAUGCAGAGUGCAGCUUUCCUUAACAUGCUGACCAGGGGCCGCCACAGUGAAGCGAGAGCAGCUCGUUAUAUUGUUAAUAUAGUGAAGUUGACAAAAUAUUAUUGUUAAAUAUAGCGACUCCUAAACCCUUUGAGUGACUGUUUUUGAAAAAGACCAGACUGCAAAUUGAAUUACGCAAAGCCCCCACCAGCUCAUCAGAUAUGAUGUUGUUUCACUGUUUUUCAAUGAGUGUGCAGAUUCAAGCUGCGGACACCAUACCAAACACAAAUGCUAUUUUUUCCUACCAACCCAACUCCUGUUGCAGUGUUACUGCUUGGGAGGAGGAAAAAAA